UUCUUUGAAGUUGCCUUGGGAACAUGGAUUCUGGAAGACAGUUUUUGAGGGUCCAACUGAGCCCAAUGGUAUCAUGGACUGGAAAGUAGCAGAGCCUCCUCUUUUUGUCCCUUGUGCCUCCCGCGCUGAACCGGCGCCUGCCAAGAAGCUUCGUGUGUCAGCGAUGUCUUGGCGUGUCAGGUUGUCGCAACACUGGGCCGAAGCGGCAGGUGUUGUCGAUGACGGCUGGAUCACCGUUUGGACGCAGGUCCGUGCUGAGCUUGGAAUUUCAUUUGAAGCUGGCCAUCCAACUAUGCCAGCACCUUUGGAAGACGGUGGUAUCAGUAUGAGGCCCCUCAGCAGUGAAGAGAUGAAACAAUGGACAUCAAUUCUUUUGCAUUCAGUUCAGAUUGAGACAGAUGGACGUAGGUUGACGUCGCACAGUUGCAAGUGCACUUUGUCGUCAUGGUGCUCGAAAAGAGGAUUGCCCUGGGAGGAUCGGCUAGUGCUUGGAGGUCACACCUCGGCCGUGCGCUCAGCCUUGGUGUACGCUCGUGAUGGCCUUGGCCGUCCAUUGCGCAUGCUCGAGAAGCUGCUCUUGGAGGUGCGGCUGGGGCGUUUCUUGCCUGACGCCACGAGGAGUGGAAGAUUUCCUGGGCCUUUUGCUACAGCACCAGAUUUUGACGAUGGGGCUCACAGUGAAUUUUCGUAUGCUCCAAGUCUUGGUUUUGGAGACCCGGUUGAUGACACAGCCAACAGCACCUUUCAUGAUGGCUGGCUGAAACCUGUGGAGCCAUGUGACAAGAGUUCAGAAGGUCCCCAUGCAGCUCUUGAAUGCAAGGUUGAGGCCUCUGGAUCCGUUUGGGAACUGGCCGAUAGCAGCGAGGUGAUUGACUUGGACACUUGCUCAGAGGACAGUGGAUGUUCAGUUGCCACCACCUCGUCCAGCUCGGAUGAGGAAGCCGCUGAGCUCAGCAGUGCCAGACGGCCAGUGCAUCCGCCGAAAGUGCCAGACCAGUUGAAACUCUUGCAGCACAAGAAACUCAAAACGUUGCACCUCAUGGAACUGCAGAAUCAAAGGAUCAUGCUUUGCGGAAGGGUGGCUGAGCCCAGCCGUUACGAGAGCGUGCAGGUGGGUAUCCCUCGUGAACCGGCUGACUUCAUACGUGAUGCGGUGCGAAAAGGUCAUCCGAGAGAUAUCAUUGCGCAGGCAACUUCCUUUGGGCCCUCCUUCAAGUCACUUGGAGUAAUCUUUGACGUUGGGGCCAUUCAUGACGGCACCUUCGCACUACAGCAUACCGAGAGCAGGAAGUCCGAGCUGAUGCAGAUUCUUGACAAUCUGAUAGGUACCUGGAUGGACUUGAAGCAUGCGAUAGGGUCCUCUAAGCCUGUGGUGAUUUCUAAAACUCUUUGCACCACUUGGUACGUCUUUACUGACGGCGCAUAUGAGCCCGAUUCAGAUGUGCUUGCCAGCAUUGGUGCAGUCUUGAUUUCACCGACAGGUACUCCAGUUCAGUGCUUUGGAGAGGUCGUCCCUAAGACCUUCGUGGACGAGCUGUUACAGCAUUCUUCUCAUCCUAUCUACGAGCUGGAAGUGCUUCCGGUAGUCAUGGCCACGCGCCUGUGGAUGAAGUAUCUCACAGGGUGCCCCACAGUAUACUUCCUUGACAACGUUGCGGCCAGAGCAACGUAUAUCAAAGGUGUUGGCGCUACGCCUCCUUCCAUUCCUUUGCUCAAAGACUUUGUCCGUUUAGAGGCUAGGUUGAAGAUUUAUUCGUGGUUCGGUCGAGUGCCGAGUCAUUCGAACGUAGCGGAUUCUCCAAGCCGGCUUGUCUUUGAUGACCCAGUCCUGUCGGGCUGUCCUCGAGUGCGGAUCGUGCUUCCAACUCACGUUCAUGAAAUUGGGGAUGGCUCAGGGUGA